AUGAACCAACUUGACGAAGCGGUGCGAUUAAUAGCCCAGGCGAAAAAAGAGCUGUGCGAGGCGGACCCUGAGCAUUUGCGAAAACGAAUAAGGCAAUUGGAGUCUGAAAACCACGCACUACGCCAGACGGUGAAAAUUCUCAGCGACAAACGCAGUCAGGAUCGCGAACGAGUGCGGCAAUGGGAAACCGCGUUUUCGCAGUCAGAGUCGGCGAAAAAACACCAAAAAACAACACAACUACCAAGCGAUUCGCUAACUCAGUUGGCAAGCGAGCCUCAAGCUGAGCAAGAUGACCCAAAACUACCAGACUUGCCCCCGUCGUCCCAACCAAUUGUGACGGCUAGUUUACCGUUGAAUUCAGACGAUGUACUCUCCGAUGAGCCGCUGGACGACUCAAUCCUUGAAUCGUCGCCAACAGAGGACGAUCCAUUGAAGCACAUCAUUGCUCGCGAGUGGCACCCUUCGGACUUUGUCGUCAACCCAAACUACGGCAAAGCAUACACUGAAGUUGUCAGGGGCAACCAACGUCAAUGUCUUCACGGAAAUGAUUGUGAGGAUUGUGCAAAGUUUUAUGCAUUGUUAGGGAACGGAGGAAACGCGCUAAUCCAGAUGGCGUCUCGCCAUCGUGAAGACUGGCGACGACAAGAGACUCCGCCGGGAUUUUGGCGCAGUGAAUUUGUUGAUACACAACACCAGGCCCAAGAAAAGUCUGACCUGGCAACAAAAAGAGCCGUUGAGGCGAACCGUCGACUAGAAGAAGCUCUAGUUAAUGGUCAAUAUUUAUUCCGUGACCGGGCGUUGCGCGAAAUGGUCAACGGGUUACGAAAAAAAAAGAUAUGUUAG